GGCUCGCGCUCUCCCACCCUCCGAGAAUCUUAUCCCCUAUUCGGUUGAGUCAUGCUCGCGUUCUCGGCGCUCCGUGCCGCGCUGGCCGCGCAUCGCGGCAACGAAACCAGUUCCCGCUCGUGUGCGUGCGUGUACGAUCGACGCGCGCGUGUCGAUCGAUCGGCGAACGCGUGUCGAUCACGUUCGAUCACGCGCGUGCGCGCGCGCUCGCACUCUCUCGCCCCCGCGCUCCCCGACCGCGCGACUGUGCGCGGAGACCGUUUUGAAAUUCCACGUGAGGUCGAGCGGGAGAACCUAGCCGCGGAGUAUCGGCAUUGUGUGCAAAAUAGAGAUAAGACCCAUUCUCGCGACCUCCUGGCGAAACGAUUUGCUACUCGGACGAGCCGCAACGAAAAGAAGAGGGAAGUGGAAAUAAAGAGAGAGAGAGAGAGACACGUCUAGAUAGAGGGAAAGAGAGUAACGAUGAUUCUCGGCAAGUUGUGCACGGGACUGCGGCACGCCGGAGGCAGGCUGCUUUUGAUCCGCGGCGAGAUUUCCGCCGGUCACGGCAAAAGCCAUGCCAGAGGGGCGCACUUUACGUAUUUCCCGUGUGAAAAGCCACCCGUCGCCGGUGAGACUCAAAAGCUGAAUAUGUAUCAAGCUAUAAAUCACGGGCUUAAUAUCGCAUUGGAAAAUGAUCCACGGUCGGUGGUGUUCGGCGAGGACGUGGCAUUCGGAGGUGUUUUUCGUUGCACGAUGGAUUUGAAGAAACGUUUCGGCGCCGAUCGUGUCUUCAACACACCUUUGUGCGAGCAAGGAAUCGCCGGUUUUGGAAUCGGCUUGGCCAACGCGGGAAUAUCGGCGAUUGCCGAGAUACAAUUUGCCGAUUACAUAUUUCCCGCUUUCGAUCAGUUGGUAAACGAAGCGGCCAAGAUGAGGUAUCGCAGCGGCAGUAUGUUCGACUGCGGCAAGCUUACGGUUCGCGCGCCUUGCGGAGCCGUCGGCCACGGCGGUCUUUAUCACUCCCAAAGCCCGGAAGCCUACUUCGCACACACUCCCGGUUUGAAGAUCGUCGUCCCUCGCGGAGCGAUGCACGCGAAGGGUCUCCUGCUGAGCUGCAUCGACGAGCCGGACCCAUGUAUCAUUUUCGAGCCUAAGACGCUGUAUCGCAUAGCGGUCGACGACGUACCCGUGGCAGAUUACAAGAUCGAAAUCGGCAAGGCCGAGAUUGUAAGGAGCGGUGACGCCGUGACACUCGUGGGCUGGGGCACUCAGGUGCACGUACUGCUGGAGGCGGCCGACCUGGUCCAGGAGAAACUCGGCGUGUCCUGCGAGGUGAUAGACCUCGUCUCCAUUCUACCUUGGGACACGGAACUCGUGUGCAAGUCGGCGAGGAAAACCGGACGCGUGAUCGUUGCCCACGAAGCGCCGAUGACGAAUGGAUUUGGGGCGGAGAUAACCGCGAUCAUUCAGGAGGAGUGCUUCCUGCACCUGGAGGCGCCGGUUCAAAGGAUCACGGGCUGGGACUGUCCCUUUCCGAACGUCUUCGAGCCGUUCUAUCUACCGGAUAAGUGGCGUUGCUUCGCGGCUGUCCGAGACAGCCUUAAGUACUGAGGUCGCGGGACAAAGGCCACGGGCUGUUGCAGUGAAAAAGGGAUUGCGGGAAAUCUGUUGCAAAGUGUUCACUAAUUACACUAAAAGUAUAUCUUUUUCACCGUUUUCAAUAAAACGUUUUAAUACAUUUUUUUAAACACAA